CAAAUGGAGACAAUUUCACCGUGGUUCCAAUAGUUGGAAUGGGUGGCCUUGGCAAGACCACCUUGGCCCAAAUAGUUUACAAAGAUUUGACGGUGACACAGAGCACGGGUUUCCCUACCAGGGCAUGGGUCCGCAUAUCAGAAGAAUAUGAUGCUACAAGGAUAACAAAAGAACUGCUAAGGGAACUCAGUAUUUCUUUUGACAAGGAUGAGAAAUUGUUUUCCCUUCAAGGAAAGCUACAAGUUGGUCUAACCAAUAAAAAGUUCCUUCUUGUUCUGGAUGAUGUUUGGAAUGAUAACUACAAUGACUGGGAUGAUUUAAGCAUCCCUUUCAAAAGUGGAUCACGUGGAAGUAAGAUCAUUGUUACAACACGGAAUCAGCAAGUUGCAAGGAUGAUGGCCAAAGAAAGGUCAAUUCAUCAUUUGAAGUUGAUGCUAGAGGAAGAUUGCCGGUCUUUAUUUAAGAAGCAUGCAUUUAAAAAUAGAGAUGGCAAUGAAAAUGCAGAACUUGAAGAAAUAGGAAACGAAAUUGUGAAGAAGUGUCGAGGGUUGCCUUUGGCUGUGAAAACAGUUGCAGGUGUUUUGCGUUCCAAAGCUACCCCCGAAGAAUGGAAACAGAUUUUAGUAAGUGAAGAGUGGACUCAAAGCGAUAAUCCAAAAGGCCCCCUGCCAGCAUUGAGAUUAAGCUACAUUCAUCUUCCUUCCCAUCUUAAAAGGUGCUUUGCUUAUUGUGCUGUGUUCCCCAAAGAUUACCAGUUUAGAAAAGAGGAAAUUAUUCAGUUAUGGCAAGCUAAUGAUCUUUUAGGAGAAAAUAAAAGAAUUAAAAACGAGGGUGAGAAGUGCUUUGAUGAACUGAGAAUGAGGUCAUUAUUUCAUAAGUCAACUGACCAUACUUUCUCCAUGCAUGACCUUGUCAACGAUUUGGCUAGAUUUGUUUUUGGGAAAUACUGCCUUAGGUUGGAAGAUCAUCAGGAAGGCAAUGCUACAAUAUCUGGUGCAAGACAUUUUUCAUACCAUCCUAGUCAGUAUGACACAUUUCUCAAGUUUAAUCUCUUGAGUCAGACUAAGGGGGCGCUUGGUUCAAGCUUAGGAAUUGGAAUUGUAAUUGGAAUCAUAGACUCUGGUUUUGGAAUUAAAACUUUUCAUUCCAAUAUCUUGCUUGGUUCACACAUUGGAAUUAGCAUUAUUCCAAUUCCUGAUGCUUGGUUUGAUGAGUGUUUCGGAAUUAAAUGCAAUUAA